AUGCGUCGCAGCAUUGAAAAUGCGGAACAUGUUGGACUAUUUGCUCCGCGCGUCGGUCAGCAGUACCGUGACGAGCAGCGCCGUCGCCGUUCCCAAUUCGAUCGUGGAACCACUGCAGCCGAGCGCGAAGUAGUAUAUGUCCGAACACUCGCACCAAGACGUCCCUACGGUGUCAGUAAAGGUCUCAGGAGUGGCCCCUGUACUUAUCCUGGUAUGAAGAUGUGGCACGAAUCAAUGCACGAAAGCGGUCCCUAA